GGCUGGCAGCCGGCUGGCAGCUUUGACCGCUUUGGAGCGGUGGAGCGUAGUCGCUUGGGUUGCCGGAGCUUGCUGUGGCUGCUGGCCGCAGCGGUCGGAAGAAACCCCCAAUGAGUCCGCUCCAGACAGGGACGCAGUCUGGGCACGCGGCUCCCGGCGACGUGUGACCCGACCUGCGGGCCGCCGCUUCGGGCGCUCGUAAGUGUCUCUGGGCCGCGCGGGGCUGCGAAGAGACUCUCCGCCCGGGCCAUGAUGAAGGCCCUCAAGUUUUCUUCAUCUCGGUCGGAAGAGGCUAGUUGGUGGGCUCAUUUGACAGAAGCGAGCGGGAGAAGCCGGGCUUUCUCUGUCACUUUGCAGUGCCUGUAGUAUCGAGGGGUCCAGAGUUCACUCAAUAGCACCCGGACGUGUUCUUUUCUGGAACACUUCGUGCUCUCCUGACACCAAAGUAAAAUAGGAGGCUGUCAUCUGUGGAAACCACCUGCCCUUUCAGCCAUGAAGGCAGAAACAGUGUGCCCGAGCCAAGAGAAUACCCCUGAGCCCAGCUGUGUCUACAGUAAUCUGUGGAGUAGCCGGAAGCUGGUGGUUAUGGGGGCAUUGCUAGGCUGGCUACUGGUCAUCCACCUUCUGGUCAACAUUUGGCUUCUGAUCCUUCUGUGUGCAUCGUUGGUGGUGCUGGGAGGAUGGCUGGGUGCCAGUGCCAUUGUAGGAGCUUCAGGUCAAUUGCACCUGGAACGAUUCAUCAAGAUCACCACCUCUCCUCCAUGUCCCGAGGCAGAAAGGCAGCUGGAACAGGAGAUUAAUCGCACCAUCCAGAUGAUCAUCAGAGAUUUUGUCGUAUCUUGGUAUCGCUCAGUGAGCCAGGAGCCAGCAUUCGAGGUAGAGAUGGAGGCAGCCAUGAAAGGAUUGGUUCAGGAACUUCGAAGGCGGAUGAGCAUAGUGGACAACCACGCUCUUACCCAGAGGGUACUGACUCUCUGUGGAUGUCACCUGCAGAACUAUAUUCAGGCAAAGGAGGCUACUGCAAGGGAGCAGAGCUGUCCUGUUCAGCCCUCCCAGCUGUGGGAUGCUUACUUCCAGGAUACUACUCCCCAUCCUGCCACAAACAGUCCCACCAAUGAGAUCGCUUACGCACGUGGUAUUGUGAAUUUGUUACUUCAAGGGUUAGUGCCCAAGCCCCACAUGGAGACUAGGACUGGACGCCACGUAGUGGUCGAACUCAUCACUUGCAAUGUAAUCUUACCACUGAUCAGCAAGCUCUCAGAUCCUGACUGGAUCCACCUUAUACUUGUGAGUAUCUUUUCCAAGUAUAGACACGAUGUGGGGCAAGGCGCUAAACCCCCCUGCUCAGCCAGUGUCCUAGAGCAGCCCUCAGUGCCCACAUCUCUGCCACUGACUGUUGAAGUUGAGAGUCUGCCCACAGGAAAAACGCUUUCUCCUGUAGCAGCCCCAGUACACUUAACCUGCAGUGAACCGGUCCCCUCCCCAGAGGUUGAAGAAGGCCAUGAAGCUGUAGAGGGAUAUUUGGAUGGGAUGCUUGAAGAAAGAAAAGUAGGAAAUAAUUCCUCCCAUUUUCUACAGCCAGAUAUCCGAGGCCCCUUGUUCUUAUGUGAAGACUCAGAACUGGAGUCACCACUGUCUGAACUGGGCAAAGAAACCAUCAUGCUAAUGACUCCAGGCAACUUCCUGUCUGACAGGAUUCAAGAUGCUCUGUGUGCCCUAGAGGAUUCCCAGGCUCUGGAGCCCAAGGAUGGCGAGGGAUCUGAAAGCAUGGAAGGAACAGAAGCCGAGGAGGCUCCAGGAACAGAAACAGAGACAGGCCUGCUGGUCUCCAUGCUCAACUGUCCAGAGAUUCAGAUUGACACAGCUGACAAGGAGGUAGAACAAGGAGAUGUCACCUCUCUUACGGUUUUGCUAGAGGAACCAGAAAAGACCUGCCCCUUACGACCUUCAUGCUUAGAAAAGGAUGUCACCAGUGGUGUGAGCUCCCUUGAUCCUACUCUGACAUCAGUGCCACUUCCCUCCUCUCCAUCUGGUCCUCUCAGCUCAGCCACCUUCAGCUUUGAGCCCCUAAGCAGUCCAGAUGGCCCAGUUGUCAUCCAGAACCUGCGAAUCACUGGCACCAUCACGGCCCGAGAGCACAGUGGUACUGGAUUCCACCCAUACACACUGUACACUGUGAAGUAUGAGACAGCCCUUAAUGGUGAGAACAGCAGCGGCCUACAGCAGUUGGCCUACCACACUGUGAACCGCCGAUACCGGGAAUUCUUGAACCUGCAGACCCGCCUGGAGGAGAAGCCAGAUCUACGAAAGUUUAUCAAAAAUGUGAAGGGUCCGAAAAAGCUCUUUCCAGAUCUUCCGUUUGGAAACAUGGAUAGUGAUAGAGUAGAAGCCCGGAAGAGCCUCCUGGAGUCAUUCCUGAAGCAACUCUGUGCCAUUCCUGAGAUUGCCAACAGUGAGGAGGUGCAGGAGUUCCUUGCUCUGAACACAGAUGCUCGAAUUGCUUUUGUCAAGAAGCCAUUUAUGGUCUCUAGAAUAGACAAGAUGGUGGUGAGUGCUAUCGUGGACACCUUGAAGACAGCAUUUCCUCGCUCUGAACCCCAGAGCCCCACGGAGGAGCUGAGUGAAGCUGAGAAUGAAAGCAAGCCCCAGACAGAAGGCAAGAAGGCUAGCAAGUCCAGACUGAGGUUUUCAUCCAGUAAAAUUGCUCCUGCGCUGAAUAUAGCUGAGGCACAAGACAGGAUUGUCUACUGCCUCCAGGAAGGCAAUGUGGGGUCAGAGAUACUGUCCAUGUCUGGCAUAGAAUCUUUCAUUGAAAAGCAGACAAAGUUACUGGAAAUGCAGCCAGCAGAAGUCCCAGAUAAAGAUCCACAACAAGUCCCCAACGAAUGUGUAGAUAGUGGUUUGCUGGAUGAAGCUGUGGUAGCCCAAGAGUUCAACAAGGCUGACCCAGGAACAGAGAUAGAGUUAGCUGACACGGCCUUCGACCUCAUCCUCUUGCUGUUAAUGGAGCAGUGGAAAUGGCUGUGUACUGAAAACAUGCAGAAGUUUCUCCGCCUUGCUUUUGGAACUCUAGUGCAGAGGUGGCUGGAAGUACAAGUAGCUAAUCUAACAAGUCCCCAGCGUUGGGCACAGUACCUCCGGCUUCUUCGGGAAUCUAUCUGGCCUGGUGGAGUGCUGCCCAAGUUUCCAAGACCUGGAAGGACUGAGGCACAGAAAGCAGCUACCGAGAAGCAGGCUUUGCAGAGCUUGAUGGGUAUUCUGCCAGAUUUUUUAGUUGAAAUCCUGGGGGUGAACAAGUGCCUGCUGAGCUGGACUCUAGUCUUGGAAUCAUUUCAGCAGCCCCUCAUCAACAGACAUUUGAUUUACUGCCUUGGAGACAUCAUCCUGGAGUACUUGGACCUCAGUGCCUCUGUUGAGGAGUCUGCCCCAGCCGCCUCUGCCUCAGAUUCCUCAGGCAACCUCAAGAAGAUGGCUGUUUCCACUUAGCAAAGAGUUAUUUACACAGUCCCCAAAGGCUUCCCAGUGACCAGUUAGUAUGCCUGUGCCCUCUGGAGCUAGGCUAGCUUAUCUGGCUUCCAUCUCAGUGGCUCAGUACUCCUAACAGCUCUUCCUUAGUAAUGUGUGACAGGGCUACAUAGCCUAAUUGCAUGUGUAUCUGUUCCCAUAGUCUUAUGGCAUGCAGAUUGCUGCUGCUGAGGAGGUCUUUUUUCUUUGGGAAUGGAAGCUGUGAAGCAUAGACUUCAUCUUUGCCUUCUCGUCAUCAUGGUUUGCUAACAGGGUGGCUCUGUGCAUGUGCACAAGCAUUGGGUAAUUCAGGAGAAAAACUAUAGCCAGAUUUCCUGGGAGGAGAAGCAGUCUUCUGAACUCUCUUUUCCUACCUGGAAACUAAAUAUUCAUUCAGGAUCACUCUCUCCCCCUGCCUUGUUUCCCAGCAAUUCCAGAAGAGGGAAGGAAAGUAUGUCUUAAGGGACUUCUUACUCUUUGUCUGUUUUCUGACACUGUGGACUUCUAGAGGAAUGUCGCCUCCUUGGGUGGCUCUACUUUCCUGUCCAGGAGGCUUGAAAGCACACUGUCAAGCUUGUGGGAAAUCCACUCCACCCUUCACACCCUUUCCUGUGAAGGGUUGCACAGCAGAUUUUGUUAACUUUCCUUCCAGACUCUACCCAAGAGCAAAUGAGUUUUGGAUUUAUAACUUUCCCUCUAUCUCAACAGAAUUGUAUGGCAGGUUACAUAUUUGGCCUCAGAAUUUCCAAAGAGAAAGGAAAGUACUUGUUCCAUGGCUGAGGAUGAACAAACAAUAGAAGUCAGGGCAUAAGCAGGGAUCCCCCCACAAGACUUUGGCAAGAAUCAUUUACUCUGAGCAUAAAAUAUAGCAAACUUGCAGGAUACAAAUUUUACUUUCUGUUCCUUAAAGAUUUAAUUAGCCCUCAGGAGCUCAGCAAUAAAAGGAUACUGCUCUGUGUCCAUUGGAAAGAUGGAUCAACUCAAAGCAACUGUAAGAAGAAAAGGGAGUUGGAGAGAAAGUCACAAGAGAAGUGCUGCUGCCCAAUAAAUGCAUAUGAGUAGCUGGCAUUCAUUCACAUGGUGCCAGUGGGGGACCACAGCCAACCUUCAGAUCAUUAGCAUCUGUAACCCUAGCCAUACUUUCACCAAACCACAGGAUCCACAUGGAAAAAGCCUGGUGAGAAUGGGGGGAGCAUCAAGAGUCAGGAUCAAGGUUUUCACAGACUCUGAAAUAUGUGAUGACCACACAAUUAAAGUUGUUCAUAGAAAAAAGUUGUGAAUUUGCGUUGUUCUCCUGUCCUGAGAGGCUUGUAAGUGUAUGUUACCUUCUGACAUCACUGGGGGGCUUGGCAUGCUGUUCUUGCCAAAAAGCAAGAAAGUAAAUGAGAUGAAGUUUCGUCCCCUUUUCUUGGCCUGGAGGCUUGACUUGAUAGCGCCAAAGUUCUUUAAGUAUCCCCUUCCCCAGGCACUCAGAAGUAGAGAUAACGCAAUAUGUUGUCCUCUUUGUGCUUGCUAGGGGUAAGGUUCUAUGGGACACCUUAGAGCUGAUCCUGCGGCUACUGAAGUAAGGAGGACCACUUUAUUUUGUGGUGAGAAACCCUGAUUUCUAGAACUCUUCUUUGCCACUUACUAACCUCUCCACAUGUCCAUAGCCACGUGUGUCGAUUUUAAUCUGCUACCAUUCCUGGCACACAAACAUGUUAAUAACCCAACACAAAAUGAGCUCCUAUGGCAAUAAAGUCCAAGGGAUCUUUUCAUGCUUAUAGCCCAGAGAACUUCCUUAUAUUUAUAUAGAACAUGAGACUACACUUUUACUCCACCUGCCCCCAAAAUAUAAGCUAUCCUCAAGAAGGAAAUGAUAAAUAUAAAUAGUAAAAGCCCAUCUGGCUUUGAAGAAGACCUGCUAAAUUUAGGUAGCAGGUUAAGACAAUAUCAGCAUAUGGGAGAGAGCCACAGGUGUCAGGAUGACGCUCCAGGCUGAGAGUGCAAAAGCAGGGAAAACAGCCCACACUGGCGCACUUCAUCUCUUUCCUGUUUGCUUGUUUGUUGUUUGGCAUUUUGUUAACUUAUAUUACUGUUUAAUUCAAAAUAUUAAUAUCUGAAAUAAGACCAAUAUCCAUUUGUCUUGAUUGCACAUCUAGUAUAAGAUGAGGGAUGGGUGGUACUAAGCUCUUUCUGUCAAUUUCUAAAUGUUAGCCACUUCCCCUGUGACUUUCCCUCCAACUCCCUUUUCUAAAUGUUGUUUAUUCAAGUUCAAGAAAGCUGUAUUUAGUUACAUAAUAUUAUAUAAAUAUUUAAUAGCCCACAAUU